AUGGCGGGGACUAAGCUAGCAGCUCUUGGGUUUGUUGUCCUCUUGAGCAUUGGACUAGUUAGUGCCGUGAGGGUAGAAAGAUACUCAAAUGCCCAAGGUUCGGGCACAGGAAGUGGAGAGGGGGUAGGAUCCGUGAAUGGUGGGGGAGCUGGGGUAGGAACAGGGAGUGGGUCUGGUAGCAGUGGUUACUAUGGUGCCCACGCAAGUGGUGGAGGAGGAGGUGGAGGUGGUGGUUACAGUCAAUACGGUGGGUCAGGAUCUGGUAGUGGAUCCGGCUCAGGCUCAGGCUCUAGUCAGACUAGCCAAAAUGGAUAUUAUGGUUACGGAGGAUCAGCUAGUGCUGGUGGUAGCGGUGCCGGUGGUGGAGCUGGACAAGCUGGUGGUUACUGGCCAUCCUACGGUCAUGGGUCUGGCAGUGGUACAGGCUCAGGCUCUAGUGAGGCUACUAAUAAUUAUUAUGGUCAAUACUCUAAUGCAAAUGCCGGUGGCAAUGGUGGCGGUAACGGUCAAGGCCAAUAUGGUGGCAGCGGCAGUGGAUCAGGUGUUGGAUCUGGAUACGGUGAUGCCAACCCUUAAUUAACUUCG